UCCCAAGCAUUCUUGAUGCAUCCUAUUCUCCACAUCGAGACUCUAAAGGAACUUGGUCGUAUUCAGCAAUUUUAGCUUCCUUAUGCUCAAAAUAUAGAACGCGCUGUGGUACUGUAGGACCAAACCAAAUAUUUCUCCAAGUGCCUAUGUCCUGCAUCUUUCUUCUCCUCUUGUGAUGCCAACAAUAGUGCUGAUAUUAGCUUCGAUGGCCCGGGCAGGGCACCGAUGCCCUUUUUGGAUGCGAAUAAAGGGGAUGACGACUUGGGUCGUGAACGAAGGAAUCAUGGAAGGAAGGCCUUUGAUGAGGAUUUCGAUUUCUUCGGUAUGGGGGAGGGUGCAUGACCACCGAAUCCAUAGGCCGACUGGAGUUGUGCAAACGCAGAGGAAUAGUUCUGCUGAGAAGACACAAAAGAGGUUGUAUGAAUUGGGAUGUUUGGAAAGACCUCGUGAAUGAAUUGCAGGGGACCAUUAUGACGGUGAAAGGUGUAGAAAGCUUGAUAGGUGGUCCUGU